AUGCCUCUUGCAGUUGUUGGAGUAGGAACGCUUAAACAAAAAACAUUUUGCUUGUAUCUACUCAAUAAGCUGCGGCCAGCAAACUUGUACAUAAUACAGUCCCUUAUGGCAGAAACAUGUAAGCACAAACAAAUGCACGAAGAAAUGGCAAAAGAAGAAGUUCAGAAACUGUUAAACCUGGCUGAGUCAGAAAGUGAGCGCGAACGUUUGAAAUAUGCUAUUGCAAAGUCAUCGGGGAUCUCAAAUACAAAAGCGAAAGAUAUUUACGGGUUCUCUAGUUUAAGUGAAAGGAAAACCAAGGUUGAGAAAGCAAUGGAAGAAGCUUGUGCCAUUAAAGAUGCGAUUGAAAAUGUUGCAAAGAUUAAGGAAAAGGCAUUGCUGCAGUCCUUAGGUGUAUAUGAAACGAGUGGCGAAAGUGAUGAAACGGACAGUGCGAGUGAGACGGAUACCGACAAUACAGAAGAACAAAAUUUUGAAGAUGGGUCUGAACAAGAACUUUCUUCUGACGAAAUAAUAUCCGACUCUGGAUCUAGUGAAGCCGAAAUAUGGGCUAAGGGAGUUGAAAGUGUAUUAGAUCAACGAGGAAAGCUAUUGAUUAAGAAAAAAAGAGCAUCAAUACGACGUAAAUGCGUGAGACAAACGAAGAAAAGGCUGGCUGAAGCACGUUUAAUGAAAAGAAGGCGAAGCAAAAAAGUGGGAAGAAUAAUUUCAGAGUGUCCAGGUAUUGGGCAAGAAAUAGAGCAGUUUGUAAAGGAAUGCGGUGCGGGGGCAGAUGCGUGGAGGAGAACAGGUAUAUUGACAUUUGAUGGAAAUCGGAAAAUAAAGAAAAAGGCGACUUUCAGGAGAAUAAAAGAACACUUAGAAGAUAAGUAUGAUCGAAAAAUCUCGUAUGGUAGUGUAGUUCAGUUGUGUUGCGCUCGCAACAAGAGAAGAAGGUCUGCCGCUCGGUACCAUGGAAUAGCGAAAGUUGUAAGCAAGAGAGCUAGAAAGGGGUUUACUAUUCGGUAUAAUCCUGACCAACACUGGAGUGCUGCCUUGUACGCUGCGUUAGAUAAACUUCAACAUGAAAAUGGUUGCAAUAUUAUCAAUAUUGGAAGAGAUGACCAGGCUGGGUUUAGGUUGGACACUAUGGCUACCAACAAGCAACACGCCACGCUAUGUGUGAAGGGCAGUGAACACCUUACAACAAGAACUGACUAUGUCAACAAAUACGCGUCUGUUCUUCAAACUACGUCAUACAACUUCCCGAGUACCAAAACGACAGGUGAAAUUUGUGCAGGUGUUGUAAAGGCGCCAGGACUUUUUGAGAAAAAUCCCGCGCAGCAUUUUGCCGACCUUAAAAUGGUAGAACAACAUGAAGAAAUAAUCCCAGCAUUUAUAAAUCCUGUCACUGGAAAAAGAAAGGAGAUUGAGUGUGUUCGAGUGGAUGGAAGCUACGACGAGGGACCAUCCCACGUAGAAGUUCAAUACUGGUGGACGGUGCGGCAUAUAAGAUCCAAAAGUCGAGUCCUGUUAGUUACAUCAAGAAACAGCGGUGCAAGUUACAAGAACAGAGUAGAGUUGCAGAAUGGGUGCUUGGCUCUGGCACAUGCAAAUUUGUUUAUUCCUUCGACGCUUAAUGGGUCUUGCCUGAGCAGCGGUGGGAGGGUCAAUGAGAAAUUACAUCACGAAAACUUAAAUUCUGCUAUUGACGUCUACUGUUCAAGGGUUGACAAAGCACCAUGUGCUGGAACUGAAAUUCACCUAUUUCGAGGAGCAGACAGCACGAGUCAGCAGCUUGAGAAUAAAUUCUUGAUCACAUUCUUGAAAGGAACGAAAAAAGCAAAAAAAAAGCUUGAGAAAGAUCAUCCAAAUGAAUUUAAUCAGAUAAAGCAAAUAUGGGAUUUGCGAGAACGCCAUAUGCGGAAAGAUGUUCCUCAAAAGUACAUUUUCUACCUUACUUGCUGCUAUAGAAACAAUUGCAUUCAUCCACUUUGCAAGGAAGGUGUACCGUUGGAAGAGUGCAAAUGGUACCCAGAGGGCCCUCCUGUGUCGUUUAUUCCUGUUCCUGUUCCCGAUCCAGCUAGAUGUUAUGGUCGUAGUGAAUGCCAAGACUGUGAAGCACAAUGUUCAGGACAUUAUCGCAAAGUAGAUGAGCUAUGGGAAGAAGUUUCUAAAGGAGAUGGUAAAGUGGUUCCUUAUGAUCCACCGUCAAAAGUAAUUUUAGAAGAAUUUAAUCGUACCCAUGAAGUACCGCAAGAAAGUAAGCUGCUGGAAGUUGCAGAAAACGUUUUGUUACCACGUGAUGAGACGGAAAUGUGGUUUCAACAUUUGAAAAAGGUUCACGAAAAUCGUCAGAAAGGGAUCGCAAAGGCUGCCGAGACAAGAAAGGCUAAGAGGAUGCAACAGAAACAAUCGAACGAGGGAAAAGGUGAGCAAAGAAAACGUAGAAAGUCAAAAAAGAGUAAAAGACAAGAAGAAAAAAACGAAGAAGAUGCAGAAGAAGAUGGGGAAGUCGAAGAUACAGAAUUGUGUAAGACAUGCAAGAGAGUUAUCCCCUUGGCUUUGGAAGAUGAGUCUGUUGAUGCAGAUGUGGAUUGGAUUUGUUGUGACAGUUGCACUUGCUGGUACCACAUGAUUUGUGUUGGAGUCUUUUCUACUGAAGUACCUAGUUAUUGGCAAUGCUUAGACUGUGUUGAAUCAUGGGAGUUCGAAUAA